UUAAGGUGGUUGGAAUGGAGGGCGAUGUUGACGAGAAAUUUAACGACGAUGACAAUUUAGGACAUUCGAGUAGUAAAACUGAGAUUGAUCCGGAAAAUGUUUUAUGGGAGAAAAAUGAUAAUGGAAAACGAAAGCGUAAACGACCACGAACCAAAGCGCUUCGACGAACAAUCAGAGAAAAGAUUGAAAUAGCAUUAUGUACGAGUGACUCGCCAAUUCAGGAUGUCCUAGAAACAGAUAUGGAUUGUAUAGUAAGUGCGCCGCUGUCAUCGAUAAUAAAGUUGUUGAAGUUAGAUACGGAUGAAUAUCGAAGGCUAAGUUGCAAAGCGCUUAUCAGCAUUGGAAAUUUCUCGAAAUUUUUUUCAAUCAUUGGAAAUUCAACAGACACUCUUCAGCUUGUGCUCAAAAGCAAUGGUCUGGAUCACGGUUCUACCGUUGUUUACGUUGACAGUUUACCUCAUGGUUGUAAAGUGGAUUUAUUGGAAAAAUGGGCGUCAGCAUUUGGGACUGUUGUAUUUGUGCAUCCCAUCAUAGAGAGAAAAAUGAAUCGAAACGGGGGUUCCACCGCAAGUAAUGUAUCCACAUCAGCUGAAGUAUCUACGUCUGCUACAUGUACCGGCAGAUUUUUUCAAAGUGCUUUCAUCAAAUUUGUGGAUGAACAGUCCCCACUGGAUUUCAUUAAAUUUCAUCAAUUGUUACGGAAGAAAGCUGCGAACAGACGGCGCAAAAAGCUAAAAUUAGAACGAAAAAAAGCAGUGAAAAAGAAUUCUAUUUCAAGGACCAGGAGCAAGAAUAAACUGCAAAAAAAGAGACGUAAGCCAAGAAAAAAACCUAGAAACAGUACUGGAAGCCAGCUGCCGAAGGUCAAAAGCGAAGAAGAGGCAAUGCAAAUUGGAGUCACCAAUGCUGAAAAACCAGCACUGGGCGUGGAUAAUUCUAGCGAUGUUGUAAGUGAUGAGGACGGAAGUUGCAAUAGACAGAGGAAACGAAAAAGACUAUCAAGUCGUGGAGUUGCUGACAUAUUGGCUAAAAAAUCCAAAACGACUGCUGAUGAAGAAAAGAAAUUUGGAACAGAAGCUAAAUUAAAUGGGUUUAAAAGUGCUGAUCCGAAAAAAGCUGUAGACAUCGGCAUAGCUGAAGAGAAUCGUGAAAUUGCGGACGUUAAAAUGGAUAUUGGUGGUCGAUUCACAACUGUCAAGAAUAUACAACAAUUGACGGUUGUAGCUGCCGGUGAAUCGUCGGAGAAAACGUUUAGAGAUGUUGGAACCGAUUUUCCCGAAGAGAUUUUAGUGAGCGAAAUUGGUGUUGCUGCGAAAAAACGAAAACGUGUGCAUCGACAAAAACGGCGAGAUGAUAAACCAAAAAAUUGCAGUCUACGUCCGAAGAAAUACUUCCAUAAUAUACAAGCAUAUUCACUGGACACAUUCCAGAAACUCCGUGCGAAAUAUCUGGAAUUGCAGAAACAACAAAUGGUUCAACUGAAAGCCAAUUUGAAAAUAAAGGGUGUACCAAGUAAGCUAUCAGGUUGGACAAAAAGGAAUGGAAAAAGAACGUGGGCGUUGUCGGCUUAUGAUGCGCGCUACAAAAUUACAUGAUGAAUAUGUAGAUCUCUCUCGUCGCAUCCCAGAAGAAGAUAAGCUUGCAGAUGUCCAAGUUGAAGUUUUAAGGGCUCUAUAAAAAUUUCUUCUAUCACUAGUCAUUUUGCUUAUGUUUGAAGUUACUUCUUCAUUUUUUCCUUUGCUUCUCGCAUUUUAUAACAUAAGAAUUGAUUCUGUAUAUGUUUUUAUAAGUGUUCAAACUUUUCGAAUUCCGAAUAUUUUUCGAAUAUGUCGAAUGACCAUGGCUUUAAGUAUUCUUGGAACUUUUGGGAAGCGUAUGAUUUAUUUGCGUUAUUACGGAAUGGAUUAAUUAUUCAUUUUAAUCAUGUAAAUGAUCUUAGCUGCGUAAAAUAAUUGUUAAUCCAUAAUCCGGUUCUAGCUUCAGAAGGCAACUUUUUUUGUAAUUUUAAAAUGCACCCCGAUUUGAAAAUUGUGUUUGUAAUGGUUGCAGUCAUAAUAAUUAGGUGAGAAUCCGUAAUUUAUCCGGUUCUAUCCGACAAUGGAAAUUCUCACGGUACUGAAUAAAACUGGUCUUGUGGAAUACGACUAAGGUUAAAUUAUACUAAUUUUUACUCCAGAAAAG